GGACAACCUUAAAUACCCGAUGUUCCACUCCUCCACUCGUGCCAAAUCUGCGGGGAAGAGAAGAGGAAUUACAAGAAAGGUCGACCGUCGUUACCCUAGUUUCCGGCGACUGAUUGCCGUCACUGAUCAAGUUUUCCGGCGACUGAUUGCCGUCGCCGAUCAAGUUUCCGGCCACUGAUUGCCGUCACCGAUCAAGUUUUCCGGCAACUGAUUGCGUCAGCGAUCAAGUUUUCCGGCAACUGAUUGCCGCACUGAUCGAGUUUUCCGGCUGAAUUUUGUUGUUUUGGUACCUGCUGAAUUUUGUUGUUUUGGUACCUUCAUUUCCAUAAUUGAUGCAAUAUAUAACAAGAAGAAGAAGGAUCUGCCAUUGAAGAUUUAGUUGUUUUCUGCGGAGAUCUCUUUCUUUCUGAAGCGAAUCGUAAACGGAAAGUUUAGUUUUUUGUUCUUUGGGAAGAAAAAUUAACAGGUAUUGAAAACCCUAGUUAAUGCUUUUGUGCAAUUUUUUGUUCAUUGUUUUUCACUAAUCAACGGAGGAGAAUCGAAUCUACUACAAUGUUUGGGUCUACCAGAUAUGUGGUUUUACAAGACAAGUCUAAGCUAUCAAUGACUGCGAGAUUCAGGAUCGGCUCAAAACUGCCAGUUUUUUGUUUACUCUCAGAUGAUUAUCAAGUGCCGAGGCAAUUGAAGUUGCGAUUUGAUCAAAAUAGAUUAAAAAAAAUGGGCUUUUAUAUCGAUAGAUUUAUGUUUGAUGAUUGUUUUCUGGCCUCAUGUUGUAUAUCACUCAAUAGCUGAAGACUUAAGUGCUUUCUGAUGCCAUAGGAUUUGUUGUUUGGAGGGGUCAGAAAUUGCUCAUAGAUCAACUGAGCAUCUCAGUGGCAGGAUUGAAUACCCGAUAUCUAAAUCAAUCAUCGCGUCGAUCCCGAGGCUCCAUUGCUAAAAAGGCUCGGCUUCAAAACUGAAGGUAUACGUUUUGCUGCCGACAGAUAUAAAUCGUGGGUCCACUGAUGGGGUUAAGCCAAUGACUCGCUUGUGUACUUGCCCUGAUAGUUUAAAAUCAAAAUCCGAGUUGUUCAAUAAGAGAAAUCAGCCAAUUUGGACAGCCUGCAAGACUUGUGGAGGGAAUUUUUUAGUUGAUGGGAUAAGAUCCAUAUCUGGUAACAUGCUUAGUACUGUAAGUCUGGAAGUUGCAAAGUCUAUAAAUCCUGAGCUGAGUUGGAAGGCUGUGACAAAGGGAAGGCGCUCUAGGAAGACAGUUGCUAGACGCGUCAAUGGGGGUAUGAAGGUGAUAAACAGGAGUCCCAAGAGGGUUGGUGAUUUUUCAGGAUCAGAUUCUGACAAGCAGAUUGCUGAAGCUGGCUGUUGGUCUUCUGAUAAAGUUGAACACGUUCCUAUUAAGAAAAGGAGGCAUUUGCUUCAAACUUCAUCUGCGCAAUCUCAGAACCCCUCUAUUGGCCUUAAAGAUUCACUAUCACCACAAUCUCUAGUACCUUCUAUGCCUCUGGAAGACCGUGAGCGAACUUCGGUUUAUAGUCAUUCAUCUGAUCAUUGGAGUUCAGAUCCAUAUUCUAGUGGACUUGUGUUGAGAUUUGGCAGAAAGGCUGCCCAUAAAUUUGAUCUUAGUGAUAGAGGGGUAGAUGCUAAAAUUUCUAAGGUCGCUACUGGGGAACUUUACUAUCCAGAAGACUUCUCAGGAAUUGCACUUCUAGCUGAUGCUGCUUGCAUUAGUUACAUGGUUGAUGACCUUGAUAAUGCCAAGGAAGCAAAUGCUAUUAUUGCAUGUGCAGCACCAGGGGGAUCUGCGGGGUCUACUCCUCGUCCUAAGGAAUUGACGGCUCCUGAUAGAGGAGAUAUGAUGCUUGCAAGUAACACUGAGGUCUCCACUGUUAAUGAAUCUGCUGUUGGUCCUGAAGGUUUUGCUGAAUUUACUGAACCUGCAGUUGUAAAUGGACCAGUUUCACCAAAGGUUGACAGAAUGCACUGGGAUCUCAACACCUUAAUGGAUACAUGGGAGCAACCUCCCAAGGAUUCUUCUAUGGAUAGUGCUUUUGCCAAGGGUUUAAAUGAUGGCGCACAAAAAGAGAAACCCAAAGCAGAAAUUUGGGAUAAAAAGGUGGAUUUUGAAUACUGUAGACAUAAUUCUGGGAAAUGUGUGCCACCUGAUCAAAAUGGAGCAAUUUCUGAGUUUGCUGAAGUAUGUAAGCUCGACUCGGUCUCAGUUAAUGAUAGCCAUUGCACCAAGCUGUUGGACUCUUUAUCUGCACAAAGAGAAACAGCUGGUGAGCUUGUCACUGGAGAUACAUCAUUAGCUGAUUCUUCUUCUGUUAAAUCACAUAAUGCCCCAUGCAUGCCUGUUUCAGAUGGAUUAGUUAUGAGUGCUUCAGAUGGCCUAAUUUUGACACAGAUUAGAGAUUCUUCUGCUGCAGGAUACAAUAAAGCUGCUGUAUCCGAGGUCCCAUUCACAGCAAAUCCUGGCUGUGAGAGUGCCUCUAAAUGCAUUGACCAAAGUAAUCCUAUAAUGACCAGUGAAGUAUUUGAUACUAGUAUUUUGAAUGCCAUGGGUGUUGAAAGUUCUGAUAGUAAUCCUACAGAAACAGAUUUCAGCAAUCAUUCAUCGAAGUGUGAAGAUUUAUCUGCCUCAAAGGCCUCUUUAGUUGAGAGUCAAUCAGUUACUGUUGAACCCACAGAGCAAUAUGACAACAUUUUAGCUAUUGGUUCUCAAAUGCUGAUAGAAGGGAAUGAAGUAAUUUCUACGGUCAGUGACAGCCGUACGUUUGAUCAAGCGGAAAAAUGCACGACUUCUGGGAACGACUCAUCAAGAAGCUGUAAUGAGGGAUUGCAGAUUGAUGAUCCUAGUCUAUUUGCAGGGAGUGCUUCGGCUUUUGAGGAUAGCCAUAAGUCUGAUAUAUCUCAGGAAGAUCAUAGUCAAAUGAUUAGUCGAGAGCAUGUCACUAAAAUUGAGGCUGGCUACGAUUCUCCAUUUGAGGAUGGAGAGUUGAGGGGAUCAAUUCUGUAUUCUUUGGAGGACAAUGAAAUUGAGAAUGGUGAAAAUGAAUGUAUUGAUUUUGAAUCAGAUGGUAGAGAUGACAUGUAUUUUGAUGCCAGUGAUUACCCUGCCUCUGAAAUAGUUGAAGCAGGAUCUGAUGGUUCACAAAGUAUAGAAAAAAGAAUCUCGUCAACCAGUGCAUGUCCAGAAGUAGGUUUUGUGAGGGGCAGAUCUCCAAGAAACAUUAUGAGGAGACAAUUCAACAGGGAUGACAAUAGCAUUGAUGAUAGUGGUGGAAAGAAAGGAUUUGGUACAGGAUCUGGAUCUACAACUCAUAGGUUCAGUGAUAAGAUUGGAGGAAAAGAAGAUGCUUUUAGAAAAGGACAUACAUCUGAACGCAUGGCAGCAUAUGAAUUCAGAGGAUCAUACAUGGAAGAAAUUGAUUCAAAGACGAACAGAGGGAAGCUACAGUCACGUGCUGAAGGACCGCUAUAUUUGGAUGUGACAGAUGGGAACAGCACUACCCGGAAGUACCAGAACAGGCCCCAUAACCGUAUUAGUUCUUAUUAUAGGCCUGGAAGGGAAGUUAGUCCAGAUAACUUUGUUGGUAGAUGUCGACCUGGUUAUAAUUCACAAGACAGGGGUGCAACGGAUGGCCAGUGGGAUAGCUGGAACUCAAGAAAUUGCUACCCAAAUGCUUAUCAUGGCUAUGAGAGUCAUAACUACUCAAGGCGCCGUGAUUUUGCAAAUUCUGCUGACAAGUUUGGUGGGUUAAACUCUCGCGAUCAUCAGCAAUCAGUAAAUUCCCCCCCGGAAGGUGUGCGCAGGCCACUUGUGAGGAGGAGAUCGUCUGUUGAGAGGGAUGACUACAAUGAUGUCCAUAGGAGGUUGGUACCAGGGAGAGGAGGCUACCAGAGCCGCAGUGGUGCUGAAAGUUUCUCUCAGAGGGCUGUAAGAGGCAUCAGGGAUGAAGGAUAUGAGCGCAUACCUGGUGAUGGUAAUUUGUCUUCUGUACGCAUGCCUUCUUAUUUACCCCGGGGUGAAAGAACCGGUUCUCCAGCUUCAGGUAGAGUUGCUCGGAUUCCGAUGUCCAGAAGGAGAUCUCGUUCAAGAUCUAGAACGCCUUCUCCCCAUCCAUGGCAUGCACCCAGAGAGCGAAACUUUAGCACCAGAAGAAGGCACAGUAGAUCUCCAGAGUUAAGGUCGGAUGCUAGAAUGAAGCGAAUGCCCUUCCGGAAACAUGGUUUUACUGCCAAUUGUGGUGAAGAUUUCUCUUUUCCAACAAGAGACCAGUGCCCCUCUGAACGUAGUUCUAGAUGGAUAGAUGAGAGAAAUUUUGCAGGUGAAUACUCCAAGUAUAGGUGGUCUCGUAAAAAUAACUAGUGGUGUCAAAGAUUUUAUCCCAAUGGAGCACCCGGUCAGAGUGAAGUAAAUUUGGUCCUCCAUGAUUUUUGCACCGUUUUAGGGUCUAGUUUUUUUUUUUUGUAUUCUUUUUUCAUUUUAGUAAGCAUUACUUGUAAAAAUUGAAAAAUACAAAAUAGAGUCGCGUUUCAAUUUAUACAAGUUUUGUUCUCAUUUUCGAAGAAAGAGAAUGUUUCUACUAUUGUACAAGAGCCCUCGAAAGAACACCAACUUGUGUGCUUCGAUAAUUUCAACUGAGGGGUUUUCUACUAUGGCCAGAUCACGUUUUAGCUAAAUUUUGUAGAUUUGCCGAUUA